AAAGCCAAUAAAAGACAUUCUUGGAGUUACCCAACACAAACAUUAUAAGCCAAUUAAGGCAUUUCGUCGAAAAGGUGGACUCCUACUGCUCUGAACGAACAACUUUACCACCAUCAUGGCUGGGAACAGAGCUGGGGUUCUGGCGGCGGUGCUUGCGGUGGUUCUGCUGCGAUGCCUGACGUCGUUCGCCGUCAAUGUGACGUAUGACCACCGUGCGCUGGUCAUCGACGGCAGCCGGAGGGUGCUGGUUUCCGGCUCCAUUCACUACCCCCGCAGCACUCCCGAUAUGUGGCCGGACUUGAUACAAAAGUCCAAAGAUGGAGGUUUAGAUGUCAUAGAAACUUAUGUUUUCUGGGACUUGCAUGAAACAACUCGUAACCAGUAUGAUUUUGAAGGGAGGAAAGAUUUGGUGAAGUUUGUGAAAUUGGUAGGGGAUGCUGGCUUAUAUGUUCAUCUACGAAUUGGGCCUUACGUCUGUGCCGAGUGGAACUAUGGUGGGUUUCCCCUCUGGUUGCACUUUAUACCCGGAAUUGAAUUUCGGACCGACAAUGAACCAUUUAAGGUUGAAAUGCAGAGGUUUACUGCCUUUAUUGUUAACAUGAUGAAGCAAGAAAAGCUCUAUGCAUCUCAAGGUGGCCCAAUUAUAUUGUCUCAGAUUGAAAAUGAGUACGGUAAUGUCGCUUCAAGUUAUGGUCCUCGUGCUAAAACUUACAUCAAUUGGGCAGCGGCUAUGGCUACCUCUUUGGAUACAGGGGUACCGUGGAUUAUGUGCCAGCAAGCCGAUGCUCCCGAUCCUAUUAUAAACACUUGCAAUGGGUUCUAUUGUGAUAACUUUACGCCUAAUUUUGCCAAGCCAAAAAUGUGGACUGAGAAUUGGAGCGGAUGGUUUUCUGCAUUUGGUGGUCCUGUACCAUACAGGCCUGUGGAAGACCUCGCCUUUGCAGUUGCUAGGUUCUAUCAGCGCAACGGAACGUUCCAAAACUAUUAUAUGUACCAUGGAGGAACUAACUUUGGGAGAUCCAGUGGAGGACCAUUUGUUUCAACAAGCUAUGAUUAUGAUGCACCUCUAGAUGAGUAUGGCCUUCUAAGACAGCCAAAAUAUGGUCAUUUGAAAGAUUUGCAUAAGGCUAUAAAGCUUUGUGAAGAGGCUAUGGUGUCAAGUGAUGCUAGCACCACUUCUCUUGGAUCAAAUUUGGAGGCCACUAUAUAUAAGAAGACAGAAUCAGGGCUGUGCUCUGCUUUCCUAGCAAAUUUUGGUGCCGUAUCAGAUGCAACUGUUAACUUCAAUGGCAAUUCUUAUCACUUGCCUGCCUGGUCAGUCAGCAUCUUACCAGAUUGCAAGAAUGUUGCUUUUAAUACUGCUAAGAUAAACUCUGUUGCAACCAUCUCCAGCUUUGUGAGUCAAUCUUCAAAAGCCGAUAACUCUGAAGCAUCUUUAUCUGACUGGAGUUGGAUUACGGAACCAGUUGGUAUAUCAAGUGAUAAUGCAUUUACAAGAGUUGGUUUAGUAGAGCAAAUUAACACAACAGCUGAUCAAAGUGACUAUUUGUGGUACUCUCUAAGUAUUGACAUCAAAGGUGACGAGCCUUUCCUGGAAGAUGGGUCACAUGCAGUUCUUCAUGUGCAAUCACUUGGUCAUGCACUUCAUGCCUUUGUCAAUGGAAUCUUUUCAGGCAGUGGAAGGGGAAACAGUGGCAACUCCAAAGUCGUAUUAGAUGUUCCCAUCAACCUUUUACCAGGGGCAAAUAAAAUUGACCUCUUGAGUUUGACAGUUGGACUACAGAAUUAUGGAGGGCAUUAUGAUCUAAGAGGGGCAGGGGUUACCGGUCCAGUGCAGUUGAAAGGUUCAAAUAGUAGCUCAAUCACUGAUCUUUCAUCGCAGCAAUGGAAGUAUCAGAUUGGGUUAAAGGGGGAAGAAUUAAGCUUGUCUGAUGGAGUUUCAUCACUCUGGACAUCAGGAUCUAGUUUGCCCACCAACCAACCAUUAAUAUGGUACAAGACAACCUUUGAUGCACCGGACGGUGAUAAUCCUCUUGCCAUAGAUUUCACUGGGAUGGGGAAAGGUGAAGCAUGGGUUAAUGGUGAAAGCAUUGGACGGUAUUGGCCAGCGUAUACUGCUUCAACCACCGGAGCUUGCACCAAUUCUUGUAACUACAAGGGACAUUACGACGACCGAAAAUGCCUCAAGGAUUGUGGAAAGCCAUCUCAGACAUUUUACCAUGUUCCUCGUUCGUGGCUAAAACCAAGUGGAAACGUUCUCGUUUUAUUCGAGGAAACGGGUGGGGAUCCAACACGGACAUCAUUUGCAACUAGAGAGGUUGUGAGUGUAUGCUCGAGAAUUUCCGAGUCUCAUCCGACCCCUAUAGACAUGUGGACGAUCUCUUCAGACGCGCAAAAGCAAGCGGGGCCCACCAUGUCUCUCGAGUGCCCUCAUCCUGACCAGCUCAUUUCUUCCAUCAAGUUUGCAAGCUUUGGGACCCCUCAUGGGACAUGUGGAAGUUAUAGCCAUGGGAAAUGCAGCAGCAGCAAUGCUCUUUCCAUUCUACAAGAGGCUUGCCUUGGAUCAAGAAGCUGCAGUGUUGGUGUGUCAAUCAAUACGUUUGGCGACCCGUGCACGGGAGUUACGAAGAGUUUAGCCGUUGAAGCGUCGUGUACAUGAAUGUCAAUACACAUAAUACAACACAUAGAAGUUUAGUAUAUCUUCUCCAAGUAAAGCUCAUAUACCAAUCUUUGGCCCUUCACUUUAAUUUUAUGUAUGAAAGUGUAAAAGAAUACUAAACUUAUGAAUCACAAAUAAAAGCGAAUGCAUGAAUCAAGAAAGGAAGCUCUUUAAA